UCACUUCUGGAAUUGGAAAUUGUAAUAUUUCCCCUUUUAAGGCAAUAACGAACUUUUGAAAUUUGGAAAUGUCGGUUCUGCCAAAUUUUAUUUGAGCCUUAAUUUUGUGGUAUUUCACCACAUAUAAUGUGAGAUUUUUUAGAAUUCGUUUCGCAGCUUGGUUUCUCUGCAGCUAAUUAGUUUCGGUUCAACUCCGAGUAACCGAUCGUCCUUACUUGGAAUCUCUCUUUCUUUCCUCCUUUCAUCAAUUUCUUAGUCUUUUUGUGGUUGCUUGAACCAUUUGGGAGUGGCAACCUGUAAAGGAAACUUUCACCUUGCAGAUAAUCUGAAAGUGGGAAUAAAAUGAGGUAAAAUGCAUGAUUUAGUUGGCGAUCAUGGAAAACUUUGGAUGUCAUUCAGUUAGAGGCAGUCUUGAAGAGGACCUAAGUCAAUGCAAUGUCUUCAAGUAAUAACCCUAUGCAAGGGCUUAAGCUUAACAAUGGUGGAGCUCAGACUCAAAGCUCUAAUUCUAUAAACGGGCAUAAUAUUGAAGCAUUUCUUAGUCAAAGGAGGUCGAAAGGUGAUGAGAAUUUCAAUUAUUCUGAAGAGAGAGAGGCAACGGAGCUUUAUUCACGAGUGAAAUCACAGAAAGUAGAGAUCCAGAUUCUUCGUGAACAAAUUGCAGCUGCCUGUGUAAAGGAGCUACAAUUGCUGAAUGAAAAAUAUGUGUUAGAGAGGAAGUUGUCUGACUUGAGAAUGGCAAUUGAUGAAAAGCAAAAAGAAGCUAUUACAUCUGCCUUGAAUGAAUUGCUUCGCAGAAAAGGUGACCUUGAAGAAAAUUUAAAACUGGCCCAUGAUUUGAAGGUUGCAGAUGAUGAGAGAUAUAUUUUCACAUCAUCCUUGCUUGGCUUGCUGGCUGAAUAUGGUGUUUGGCCACAUGUCAUAAACGCCUCUGCUAUAUCUAACAGCAUAAUGCGCCUGCACAAUCAAUUGCAGUCAAAGAUUAGAACUUCACAUGAUAAAAUCAGAGAGUUAGUGGUGGGUGCUCAUAGUAAAAGUGAGUUUCAUGAUAAAGAUUACACUGGGAAUGGCAACUUGAUGCGUCAAGCUCCUUAUCAAUCCACGGUACUAAUGUAUAUGCAGCAUCAAAAUGGCAUUUCUCGCUCUAAUCACCACAUAGAUGAAAGACAUCUAGAGCCAACAGAUACAACGUUGAGGUAUGGACAUGAAAUUGAUGUGGCAGACAAAGCAGGGUUAAUGCUUAAUGAGAAGAUGCAUUCGCAGUUAAACAAAAACAGUUUGCCAGAAUUCUCAUUUGAUCCUUCUAGGCAGGUUUCUGGUCCUCUCUCCAAUAUGACCAAGGACUCGCUGUAUCCUUCCAGCACAUAUAAUGAGAUUGUUUAUGAAGAGGGACCUGGAAUAGAUGGAUUUCAGAUUAUUGGUGAAGCUACACCUGGAGAAAAACUCCUUGGAUGUGGAUACCCUGUGCGUGGAACUUCUCUUUGCAUGUUUCAGUGGGUGCGCCAUCUUGAGGAUGGCACUAGGCAGUAUAUUGAAGGAGCCACGAAUCCAGAAUAUGUUGUCACUGCUGAUGACGUCGAUAAGCUGAUUGCUGUUGAGUGCAUACCAAUGGAUGACCAAGGCCGUCAGGGAGAAAUAGUGAGGCUUUUUGCAAAUGAUCAGAACAAAAUAAAAUGUGACCCAGACAUGCAACGGGAGAUUGACUUGUACAUCUCUAAAGGUGAAGCUACAUUUAGCGUUCAGUUGCUGACGGAUUCUUCCGACCAUUGGAAAUCAGCAACUCUAAUUUUGCAACGAUCACACUAUCAAAUCAAGAGCAUAAGUGAGGAAGUUGUGCUGAUUGCAGAGAAAUAUUCAAGAAACUUAUCAAUCAAAAUUCCUUCAGGAUUCUCAACACAAUUUGUUUUAACACGUUCUAGUGGAUCUUCUCAUCCUCUCAAUACAUAUGAUGUUAGGAUGCGAGAUACUCUUGUAUUGACAAUGAGAAUGUUCCAAAACAAGGCAUUGGAUGACAAGAGGAAGGGUAGAGCAUAAAGCCACAGGUUUCUCCGAUAUUUCAGUUUGUGUUUAUAGUAAAAAUUCAUUCAUGUGGAAGAUUAGAAAAAUAAUAAUAUAACAAUAAGUCUGCAGGAAGUUUUGUACCUAUGAGAAAAACAUGGACAUAGAUUAGAUGUUUAUGAGCAUUGUAAAUCGCUAUUUUUUCCGUCUCUCUGUAGACGGUGCAACUUGGUAAGAUUCCAUUUCCAUGAUGUAUUUUUGUUCUGUGUUGUCCCUAAAUAAUUGUUAUUAAUAUCAAGUGGUGGUCCUCACAAUUUUCUCUUUUA